AUGGCGCUCCUGAAUCGCUCAAUUGAAGUUCUGGAGGGUGGUGCAUCAAAUUUACAGGCCUGGUGUUCUCUCGGGCGGUCGCGUGGCAAGAAAGAGGCGAGCAGCGUUGAGGCGCAGGCCAACGGACUGGUCGAGUUGCCCUUGUCAGGCGUUCCGCUCGAGUUCUCGUUCUCGUCCUAUCUCUCCCCCAAAUCAGUGCCGUUCGAAGCUCGUCCUACGGUUAUCAUAUUCAAGGGGCGGCCCCUGGAUGCCACAUAUCUCGUCCUGCUCGCCCUCAACGAAGAGUGCCACCGAAUGCGGCCAGGCUGCUUCUACCACUUGUCUUUGAGGCGGGAUGUGUCCAAAGGCCACCCGUGUGACAUGGUCUUUAUCGACGAGCCAGGGGGCGAGAAAAGCGUGAAGACAUGGGACGCAUCGAGUUGGGACUAG